AAUCAGCUAGAAAUGUAUAUAAAGAGAUAGGUUUCAACAUUUCCCAAUAACAGAAUUAGAGUUAAGAUUUUUUAAGUAACAUUUUUUGCCAGGCAUCUAGAUCCACCUAUAUGGAUAUACCAUCAAUUUUUGUUUUCAAAGUUAGUGUUAAAAUUUACAUUAUAAUUUGACUCACAUAUAUUACUCUAGAUUUUACCUGUUUGAAGAGGGUCUAGAUCUCUAAUUGAAAAGAAAGAUACAUCUACUAAUCACCCCACACUGUGAUAUAUAGCCAAUUUCUACUCUUGACUUUAUUUCAAUGGAUCAUUGACACUCAUCAUCUUCAUGGAGUUUAAGCUUUAUAUCCUGACAGGGGGUGGCAGCUUGUACCACUGUGCCAGUGAACUCUUCCAGUGACAGGCUGAGACUAUGAACUCCAACAUGGGAACACAGUCUGCUGGUAGGCACAGUGAAGAGGACAAUGACAACAGCAAUAGUUCUUCUUCUCUAACACAUGAAGUGCACGCAGGCAUGACUGUCAUUACUAGCCAGCCUGCUUUUCCUAAUUAUCCCCAAGUAGCCAUGAAUUAUGGGAAUUAUAGUCAUUAUGAUCAAGUUAAUUUAAUGCAGCCUAUGGCAAAAGAAUCUGGCAGUAUGUAUGAUCAUAACAAUGGAUACCAUGGAAACUUACAUUCAACUCACCUUGUUGGUCCUGAGCAGUCCGAGUCACCUCCUCCACCACCAAGGGUAUACAAACCAUGUGUUGUAUGUAAUGACAAGAGCUCAGGGUAUCACUACGGCGUUAGUUCCUGUGAGGGCUGUAAGGGUUUUUUUCGAAGAAGUGUUCAGAAAAAUAUGCUGUAUACUUGCCAUAAAGAAAAAACCUGUGUUAUCAAUAAAGUGACCAGAAACCGGUGUCAAUAUUGUCGUCUUCAAAAAUGUAUAGCCAGGGGGAUGUCCAAAGAAGCACUACAAAACGUUGACACCAACAAACAUUUUAGUUUAGUAAACACUGUAGAAGCUGUUCGAAAUGAUAGAAAUAAAAAGAAAAAGAUGAAGCCUGAAAGCACUUCGAGUCUUGACGAACUAACGGAAGAUGAUCAAAUGUUGAUACAGGAAGUUUUAGAUGCGCACAGGGAGACAACUCCAAAUGGUGUCAAUGGUGCUAACAAGUCUCUUUUUGAGAAAAGUGGCAUCUAUAGCACACUGGCAGCUACCACCACCACAGUAGCCUCCACUACCUCAACUUCAGAUCCCAAGGCAGAUGAUGAUGUUACUUCUGGGGUAUUUCUUUGGGAGAAAAUCACAGAGCUUUCAUCAGCUGGUGUUGUUCUCAUUGUAGACUUUGCCAAAAAAAUACCAGGAUUUCUAAGUCUGUCAACAUCAGAUCAAAUCACACUUCUCAAGGCAGCAUGUCUAGAAAUAAUGAUUCUGAGAAUCAGUAUACGCUAUGACCUGGAGACAGAUACUAUGCAGUUUUCCAAUGGACUUUCCUUAACACGUGAGCAGCUAAAGAAAGGAGGGUUUGGACCACUCACUUCUACAAUCUUCUCCUUUGCAGCAUCAUUAAAAAGCAUGAGUUGUGAUGAAACUGAAUAUGCUCUACUUUCAUCCAUUUGUUUAAUCAGUGGUGAUCGCUCAGGCUUGAAAGACACUGAAAAAAUUGAACAAAUGCAAGAACCAUUACUAGAGGCACUCAAACAUUACAUAAGAUCUCGACGUCCAGAUCAGAAACACUCUUUUGCCAAAAUGCUGAUGAAAUUGACAGACCUUCGCAGCAUUAGUGUGAAGGGUGCUGAAAAAGUUCUACAUCUGCGUUUGGAAAGAUAUGCACAGUUACCUCCGCUAGUGGUAGAAAUGCUUGAACGAGUGGAAAAUGUUUGUCUGCCUUGAUUAUCAACACUUUAUAUUUAUUUACCAAGAUUUUCUUGGUCAGCAUGUGGGACUAAUAAAUGUAGCCAGCCAAACUCAGGGACAUUUUUUGAAUGUGUGCCUAAUUUCAUUACAACACUCUUGUUAAUGAUUGAACAUCUUUAUUAUCCAGCUCACAGUUUACAUCCUUGAUACAUGGCACAUCUUGUGUGAGUGUAAAGGAUACAAAAUCACAUUUAUAUGUUUGUCUAGAAGAAUUAGACAUGAUUUGCUCUGUGGUAUCAAUACAAAGAGCAUAGUGAUACUUUCAAAGAAACAUGAAGUAAAACAAAAAGGUAUCAGGUUAGAGUAGAUUAUUUUCAGAGUAUAUAUUAAGCAUUAGAUGUUGAAUAAAUAUAAACAGAGAAAACCAAACAGAUGCGCAGUGACUAGUUUAGAUCUAUGAUACAUCACUCUGUUUACUCUAAAUCUUCAUGAAGUUCAAGGGAUUUAAGGCCAUACAGAAAAGGUUACUAAAACGUAAUACUAGAUUCAUUUUGUUUGUUUUUUUUAAUUUCUAGUUUUUUUCUGUUAAGUCAGAACGGCUCCUAAACAUAUACUUCAUUACAUUUACAAAUUAAUAUUUAAAGCGCUAAUUUUCUAUUUAAAAAAUCUAUUUUAAUAAAGCGUUAAAACAUUCCUUGUAAUAAACACAAUUUGAUCUCAUGACACAUAAGGACUACUAGUGUAUUAUAUGUUUUGUUCUCUGCAUUGAACCUUUACAUCUGUUUGUUUAGCUCCAUUCUGAGCUCUAUUAUAUAGGUCUGUCUUAGACUUUGGCACAAGACAAGGGCAACAAGUGACAGCUGUACUUGUAACUACAUUCUUUACUUUAAGUCAAUCUUCAUGCACUGAUAUUUAUUGAUAUACAAAAUAUUAAGAGCAGCAGUUUCUUUAUAAUAAAUGCAUGAUCAUGUCUGAUACUACACAUAGUGUCCUUAGAAUUUGGAAUAUUAAUACCUUUAACAAAGGCAGCACAUCUUUGUAAGCAUCAAUUUCGUAUCUAAGUGAAAGUCCUGGAUGUUUAUUGUAUUUUUGCUAAAAUAAGUCUCAAACAUCAUGUUAUCCGAAUCAAGUUAGGUAAAUUUUGAAGCUAUCAAGUUAGGUAACCAACCCGAAGCUAUUAAGUAAGGUAACUUUUGAAGGCUUAGCCAAUCUUCGGUAAACUUUUCAAAAUGUAGAAACAAAAACAAUGCCGUGUUUUAUUGAGCUGGCUGGGUUGUAUUGAAUUUUUAUGCUAAUUAUUUGUUUCUGAAUUCCUAAUGUCCUAGCCCAGCCUCUGCCACAGAACUGAGUUCUAAGAAUCAAAUGGCAGAUUUCAUACACUGUAGAAAAAAAGUUCCCCUUUCAGACCUUGCGUUCUAUAGGGCAACUGAUAUAAAGGUCAUCUGUUUCUGUCAAUGAGGUCAGUGAGGGUGUCAUGUGGCCAGCACAACUAAUUUCUGGUACCCAUUAGAACUAGGUGGACUCAAGAGGCACCCUAAAGAUCCCAAAAUUAAUUUUUUCCUGAAAAUAAAAAAGGAAAUUCAUUUUUCAUCUUUUUUUGCAAUUGUUUUGUACACUAAAUAGAUUUUUGUAUGUAUGAAAUGUGAAAUGAUUUACAGUUGUGAUUUGAAUGAUUGAAUAGUUUAGAAAAUUUAAAGGAGUAUUGGUUUCAUAAUACUUGCAUAACUUAACAUUUCCACUUCUGCUGGCUAUGAAUUAGGGUGGAGAUUUUUUAAAAUCCCAACAAAUAGCAAUAAAAAUUAGUUUGAACUUAUAAUGCAUUGAUCAAUAAGAUCAGCAACCAAACAUUUUUUUUUUUACUCUUAGUCUUAAAGUUUUUGGUUAAAGCAGUUAAAUACAGUUAAAGAAUACUGACAUAUAAUUAGAAAUAACAGGAGAUUAAUUUUUAAUUUGUUUUGAGAUAUGAUCAUGUGUGGAAGAGUUUAGUGUAUGUCUAAUCAAUAUAUUUUUUUUUGUUAUUGACUUCAAUAAAUGGCACUUCACAUUCAGGGAUAAUAGCAACAUAUUUUAAAGUACAUUUUUUGUACAUAUUUUUUUUUGUGCUGGACUUAGGGCAUUUUAAAAUGGUUUGACUAAUACUAUGCACACAGCCCAUAUUUUUUGUUUUGGUCAUCUUCUUUCCUUGUGUCUGCAUUCUAGCCAUUGGCAGAGCAAUACUAAGUAGUCAGUUUGAUUAUUUGAUAGUGUUUUAUUUAAAUUGGCAACAAUGCUAUGUGCGACAUGGCAAAUUAUUUUAAAUGGCAUGCAAAGUAAACCUUAAUAUUAUUAGUCUCUGGUCUAUCUUACAGACUAAUUCAUUCUACAUUGUUCCUAUUUGUCUGUCAUUGACAAAUUCAUUCUACAUGGUCUUACUGGUCUCAUAUUGACUUGUUCAUUAUAUUGUUCCGUGUCAUAGACAAAUUUAUUCUACAUGGUUCCUACAUGCAACUUUAUUAUUUACUGUAUGCUUAAUAACAGAAUAACUCCAAUUCCUUCAUUUGAAAUUGAAUGUUUCCUGUUUGAUUGACUUGACUAGUUUCCAUCUUGUUUCCUAGUGUGCCACUAGUUUGUCAAGUCUUCACAUUGUGUCAAUUCCUAAAGUGACUUCUUUGCUAAAUACCUCAUUAUUUAAUUUAAUUUAUUCUACUGUAGCAUAAUUGAUUGAACAUAAGACAAUUGUAUCAUAUGUUUCAUUGUUUAAUAGAUAUUUUAUAUGUUAAAGCAUUCAAAUCAGUGUUUAAAGAAUUAUGUAAACUACUAUCUGAUGUACUUGCUUCAAGCUUGGGUGUUGAGUGGACCCUGCUGAUCUAGGUCAAGUAAAGCUUGUGUAUAAACUGUUUCUUACUGACAAUUAGAUGAGAAACUCAAGUUGUAUUUUUAUUCUUGAUGUUUGUCCCAUGGCCACAAAAGGUUCUAGCUGUUAGGGCAAGUAAAGGACUGGAGACUAAAUUGAUACAACAGUUUAAAUAUUAUUUUUAUGUGCAAAUAGUUUUUUUUCUGUAUUUGGAUUGCAAUUUUACCUUGAUUUUGAAGUUGUGCAAUGAUUUACUUGAAGAUGAUUACAGAAAACAUAAACAUUGUUGAGAAAAAAGAUUUGAUAUUGCAUGUUUAAAGAGCUAAUUCCCUUAUUUAAAUUUAUCUCGUUCAAAAUGUGAAUAGUACUUGUGACCAAGAAUACCUAAUUGGUACAACUUUGUUUUUUGGCCUAAUUCAGAGUGGUUCAUUUCAUCCAUAGCUUCAUUAAUGUGUAUAUCAAAUUAUGCAAUGGACAAUUCUGAUUGUACAAGUUGAUUGCAGACACUGAUUUACAUAGAUGACCUGUUUAUUGUAGAUAUAUUUUUGUUGUAGAUACUUUUUUGUAAAGAAAGAAAUGUAGUAUUCUUCCAUUGUUAAUGUAUGUCUGUUAUGACCUAUUAUCAUUUCAUUUGUUCCUAUUGUGAAUCAGUUGGGUGUUAUCAGCUGAGAAAAAUGUCAUGUUUUUUCUUCUUCCUAUUAUACCGGUUCAUAUUUCCUCGGUGAAUGUAGCCAAACUUUCUCCUUUAUUUUUUCUUUUUUGUUUUAUUUUUUUCCAAUGAAGCAUAAUCAAGCCCCAAUAGCUGUAGCUAAUUUUAAAGUCUGAAGCCAAUAAUUUUAUGUUAUAUCUGAUGUUAUGUGGUAUUUGUCGCACACAUUUUUAAGUUUAAAAUUUUUUACUGCUGCACUGCCACAUUUCUUUUUAUACAUUUUGAAGAUAAGAUAAGGUACAAGAUUAGAUGGAGAUUUUUUUUUUUGCUAGAUUAGGAAAAUUUCACAUUUAUUCAAUAUCUGAUAAUUGAGUGAACCUACCACAUAAUUUCAUAUUUAUAUUUUUGUAAUUUAACCCUGUGACACAAUAAUCUAUAAAAUUAUCACAAAUAUAAUAUAUUAAUAAAUAUAUCAAAUAUUCAAACUCUAAUAUAACAAUAAUACUAAACUGCCCUUAUACAUUUUGUGCUGCAGAUUGUCUCCUUCUAAAUUGUUUCUCUUUUAAUUUUUUUUUUCUCUAUAAAAUCAUCUCAUAUUGAAAAGCAUUAACGGAUACUGUGAGAAUUAAAAAAAAAAUGAUACAACUACAGUAGAACAAGAAUACAAUGCAUAUGGGAUAGAGAUACAACAUAAUCUUGGGAGAAAUUUAUAUAUGGCGUGGAGACUUAAAACAAAUAUCUGUUAGGUGUUGAUUUUUAUAUGCAUUUUAACAAUAGGUACAUGUAAAUCUAACUAGAUAUGACUAUUGAAAUGGAAGUAAGCAGCAAUAAAAUGAAUGAACUCAAACAUUUGUUCAUAUAGUGCUCUCCUGAGUUUGUUAGAUUCACUUUAUAUUACUACUAUUACAGAAGUAGGCUUGUCUUAGUUGUAGAAACAAAAUUAUUCACCAUUCUUUUGUAUUUUAAAAAAUGACACCAUUUAUUCAGGGUUAAUUAAAAGAAGAUGGUUUGUAUUCAAUUCUAUGGAGAGGAAUUCUUUUUUUUUUUUUAAUUUUCAUCUUCAUGACAUUGUGUUGCCCCCCCCCCCCUUUUUUUUUUGAAACACACACUCACUCACAUCCACCAAACAUCUUUUUAUUUAUUUUUUAAAAUUAUGCUUCUGCUUUGUUUCAAAGAGUUUUGCAUGUUAGGUGGUUGUCUUUAUAGAGAGACUUAUAAUGUAGAAAUAUUUGUAGCAUAACUAUAUUAAGUAAUCUAUGGGUGAGUAAUAAUGUCCUAUGUCAUGUUGACUUUUUGCAUUUUUUGUUACUGUUUUAAUUGUUUAAAAUUUAAAUCUAAAUGCAUAAUGAUGAUCAGAGAAAAUCUGUCUGUGUAAUUCAUUGACUUGUUGUUUUUUUUAAACAUAUUAUUUUUCUUGUUUAUGUUUACUAAUUCGUGUUGAAUGUCUAAGAUUGUAAUGGUUAACACAACAUCAUUAAAAGUGUGGCCUUUGCAUUUGAGUGCACAACUUUAUAAAACUAUUUUUCUGGGUUUAAAUCCUAUUAUUAAAUGUUUAGAUUUUGAGCUAACCCACAUCACCCAGCUCUGAGGGACAAAAAAAAAAAUCAAAGCAUACGUGGCUCUUUCAGAUAUGUUACGUGUAUGAAGUAUUUAAAUGUUUUUCUUUCUACAUUUGAUGUUGAUACCAUUCAUUGGUUUGGGGGAUUUAAAAAAAAACAUUCUUUUUAUCAUGAGAAAAAUUAUGACUUUUCCAAUGCUAUUUAUGCUAUUAAUUAGUCAACCUUAUGGUACACUCUGUUUCACCAAUGGUUCAUCACUGCUCUAUAUCUCCAUCAUUUCUGCCUCUAUCAUCCUAAAAGAACUGCUGCACUCAUGGACUGUUUGUGUGUAAGUGAAACUGGAAUCAUACACUUGUAUACAACCUAGCAGCUACCUCAUUCAAUCUCUUGUCAUUGACUGCAAAGAAGCACUUGAAUUGUAUUUGCCUAUGCUAAUGAUAACAUGUAUUGGUAUGCUCUGAUCAUUACACAUGUAAUUUAUUAGCGUUGCAGUGAUAUUAUUGUCAAAUAUGCUGAUUUAAACAUGAAUAGUAAAAUGACAGUGAACAGUU